GUGACAACCUUAAGAAUCAUUGUUUGCAAACUACUAUUCUUGUCCUUAUAAAUACUCACUUCUAAUUGUAUUAAAAACCUGAAUUCUAACCAUUCUUCAUCUUGCCAUUACCAAAAUAAAUCAAUACCAAGAGGCAAAUAUGGCCUUACAACAAAUUUUUCAACACCAAAUACCAGAAACUACCUUUGAUCAACGCGAUAUUUCCUUUGAAAAAUGGAACACAAUUAAUCUUGAUAAACUUGAAGAAAACUCACCUGAAGGUUUCGAGUGCAACAUUUGCCUGGAUGUUGUACAUGAUCCUGUUGUUACAUUAUGUGGUCACCUCUAUUGUUGGCCUUGCAUCUACAAAUGGAUACAUUUUAAGACCAUUUCAUCAGAGAACAUCGAUAAUCAACAACCAAAUUGCCCUGUUUACAAAGCUGAAGUCUCACAAAAAACAUUGAUUCCACUCUAUGCUCGCGGUCAAGCUUCAAAAACAUCAGGCAAGUCCCUGAAUCUUGGUAUAGUCAUACCACAAAGACCUCCUACUCCGAGAUGUAGGAGUCACGGACUAAUACCCAAUAAUAAUAUGCCUCCAUUAUCCCAGCAAUCUCAUGAUCAUCAUCGAAAUUAUACGAGUACAGAACAUAUGUUAAGUCUUGGUGGAACGACAACAGGGGAAAUUUUUUAUGCGCGAAUGUUUGGGAACUCAUUGAAUACUAAUUUGUAUACAUAUUCAAGUUCAUAUAAUCUAGCAGGAAGCAAUAGUCCAAGGUUAAGAAGACAACUAUCACACGCGGAUCAAUCACUUAGCAGAAUCUGUUUUUUCCUAUGUUGUUGUUUAGUAACAUGUCUUCUCUUGUUUUAAUCAUCUUCUUCGCGUGUUCAUACAAUGUAAUUAUAUUUAGUAACGCGAUAUAUGAUAUGAAUAUACAUCUUUGAUCAAUGUAAUAUAUGAUCACCUGGAUUUAUAUAGUUAACAUUAUGAAUUUUGAGACAGACUCAAUCGAAAUUGAAAGGAUGAAUCAAAUCCAAUCAUUAAGAAGACAAAGCUUGUUU